GCGACCCUGCUGUGUCAAAAAUUUACAAAAUGGCUUCAGAAGUGAAGCAGAAGCCAAAAGGCAUUUUGAAAGCCUCUUCCAGCUUUGACAAACCAGAUCACCAACAUCCUCAUUCAAAAGAAAUGAAAUGGGAUGAAAUGAACAUAUUAGCCACCCAUCACCCUGCAGAUAAGGACUAUGGUCACAUGAAAAUAGAUGAGCCAAAGACCCCAUACAGUAAAUUAUCAGACGCAGAGGACGAUGAAGAAGGUGGUCGACGUCACAGUGUAUCUGAAGAACCAGGGGUAAACCCUGAGACAAUAGCAACUAGGUUACAGACAGUAGAAGAUAGAAACAAAUUACAUGCCAAAGUGUCAAAGGAGGAAGAGGAAUCCUCGUCAGAGGAAGAGGAAGAAGAAGAAAUGGAAACAGAGGAAAUGAAAGCAACACGCAGAGUAUUUGAACAGAAAAGAAAGCUGCAUUAUAAUGAAUUCCAAGCUGUUAAAUUAGCAAAACAGUUGAUGGAGGAAGAAGAAGAUGUAGAUGAAGAAGAUGAAAAUGAUGAUGAAGUUCAAGAUUCUGAUAAGAAAAAUGAUAACAUUCAAGAGCAGGGAAAAAAAGUUCAAAAAGUUGAAAAUCAGGAUAAAACUAAGGCCGACUCACCAGCAAAGAAUACAUGAUUUGUUUUAUAUGUGUUAAAUAGAUGUAGAAUUUUCAAAUUGAUUCUUCCAAGUUCCUGUCAGUAAAAAGAAAAUAUUAUGUUAUGUUUACAAAUUUGCUGUUUAGGAAAAUUGGACAUUAAUUUUGAUUUUAAGCUCUGAAC